AAAAUUUAUCUCCCACCUGACUGACUAGUUAAACUGAACUGAACUGAUACAAACCCCAAAGGCCCAAAAUUAUAGGAAUUGAAAGAAUGAAUAUGUUGAUACAUACAACCUUUUCGACAUGUUUGUAUCCCAAGAUUCAGUUUACCCAGAAAUUGAAAGCAGUGAAUUCAUCUGUUUCUGAAAGCACAACUUUUAAAGAUGUUAAUUCUCAAGCGGAAAAUGAGUUGAAGAAAAAGGUUAAAGAGCCUUUGAGUUGUAGUAACAAAUUUUGCUUUUGUUGCAGUAGAAGAGCCUUUAUGGCAGCAGCUGCUCUAUUCCACCCUAUUCAUUCUUCAUAUGCUUCUGAUGAUAAUUCAGCUCCUACUGAUCCCAUGGCAAUGUUGAAUAGGUUGCAUCCUCCUAGGCCAGAUUGGUAUGAGGAGUUUUAUGCAACAGCCAUGAACACAAGUAUGAAACCUUAUGAAGCAGAGAUUGAAGGUUACAAGUCAGAGCUUUUUUCUAAUCUGAGAGGUCAGGCCAAACAAAUCCUUGAAAUUGGCAUUGGUACAGGUCCAAAUUUGAAGUAUUAUGCCAGUGAGGGGGGUACUUCCGUUUAUGGCGUUGAUCCAAACAGGAAGAUGGAGAAAUAUGCACAAGCAGCAGCAGAUGCUGCAGGCCUUCCACCUUCAAAUUUCAAAUUCUUACAUGCGGUUUCUGAGUCCUUGCCAUUACGUGAUGCUUCAGUUGAUGUUGUCAUUGGCACUCUUGUGUUAUGUUCCGUCGCUGAUAUUAAUCUGACACUGCAGGAGGUCAGAAGGGUGCUCAAGCCUGGUGGCAUUUACCUCUUUGUUGAACAUGUGGCUGCAGCAGCAGACGCUCGCAGAUGGUUGUCAUCUUAUUCGGAAAACAGGAAAGGAUAUCACUGAAGCCGGUUUCUCAGAUGUAGAUAUUCAUCAAGCUGUAUUAUCAACUGCCUCGCUGAUAAAUCCUCAUAUCAUUGGCAUAGCUCGCAACUAGAUAUAUCCAAGUGUUUACAAUGGUGUCUUGGUAUUGAAACUUCUACCCGGCAUAUGUCAGCUUCAUAAUAUAUUGCCCCCCGGCCGCAAGGGAACAGAAGCUAUUGUAGAAUUAUGUAGCAGAAUUUACCAGCAAAGAGACAGUUUUUAUUUUUGAUUUGUAGAACAACAUUGGAGUGAUAUGAGUUUAAAUAUAGAGCGACAUGGUCAGUGGAUAUUCAUAAAGCCAACUCCAACUUGUUCGGGAUUUGAGGUGUAGUAGUGCCUUUUAAAUUUACCAGCAAAGAAAUCACACUUGUUCUUGA